UCAACUUAAAAUCUCUUCUUCACACAAAUCACGCACGCACACUCUAUAACACAGAGAAUGGCUGCUAAUAGUUCUGCGUCUACGGAUGUGGAGAACAGAGAAUGGUACGUUGCUAGUUAUGCACCGACGGGUGUUCCCAAUUCUGAGCAUCUUAAGCUACGUACUGUGAGUUUAUCACUAAGAGCUGAUUCCAUUCCAGAUGGACACGUGACAUUCCAAGUCCUCUAUGUCUCCAUUGAUCCAUAUGUACGCACUCAAUUGAGUGGUCUAGAUGAUGGCCUCUCUUUUCCUCAGAUUCCACUUGGCCAGGUGAUAACAGCGUUGGGAAUGGGGAAGGUAAUUCAAUCUAAGGACGCCAAGUUUUCAGAAGGAGAUAUAGUACUUAGUCGUAUUUGCCCUGUUUCAGAAUUUGGUGUUAUGCCCUCAAAUUUGCUUCAGAAGAUUACUCCUGCAAUUGGGAUUGCGUUGCCCAAUUAUCUUAGUUGCUUAGGAAUGCCUGGUAUAACUGCGUGGGUGGGCAUAGGAAAAAUAGGAAAUGCUAAAGCGGGAUCGAAUGUGUACAUAUCGGCUACAGUGGGAGGAGUUGGAAUUAUAGCUGGACAACUGGCCAAAGUAAAAGGGUGUCGAGUUGUUGGAAGUGUUGGUUCGGAUGAUAAGGUGAAGCUAUUGAAAGAAGAAUGUGGUUACGAUGAUGCUUUUAAUUACCGUGUAGAGACAGAUUAUGAUGCUGCAUUAACCAAAUAUUUCCCAAAUGGGAUUGAUGUUUAUUUUGACAAUGUUGGUGGUAAAAUGCUUGAGGCUGUUCUUAAUCAUGUUAACCACGGAGCUCGUAUUGCACUUUGUGGGAUGAUAUCCGAGUAUAACAAGGUUUGGACAGAAAGAGAAGGGGUUCGGAACCUAUUGAACAUGGUGGGUAAAGAAGUUAUGAUGAAAGGGUUUAUGGUGAGUUCAUAUUAUAACCACUUUGAGGAAUUCAUAAAAGAGAUGGGAGUUUACUUGAAAGAGGGCAAAAUAAACUCCAUACACAAAAUCUACAAUGGUAUUGAGAGCUUUUUGGAGAGUUUAGCAUCUCUAUUUUCUAGCUCCAAUGUUGGAAAAGUAAUUCUUCAACUAACUCCUUAAACUACUUCUCCCUAUGCCCUUCCUAUUAUCUUUGGAAUAAAUAUGUGUUUAUUUAUGCUUGUUAGCUAUGUUUGUUCUUAUGAGGAAAUUGUUACAAUCCAUCUGUACGAGCAGGGGCGGAUUUAUAGCUUAGACUAUGGGACAUGUGAACUCAUAAUCUCUCUAUCCAACUAGAUAUUUUUGUAUAUAUUUUUUAUAAUUGGUCUAAUAUUAUCUA